AUGGAUAGUAAACUUGAACUUCUGGAGCAAGAACUAAGAUCCAUCAAAGAAGCUGUGCAACCAAAGAGCAAUGCCAAUUCAACUCCAAUUUCUCAAACAAACAAUACAGUAUUCCCUAUGCAAAUAGACCGUACACCUUCAACUACUAAUGGCGCUACCUUCACAUCUUCAAACCACCUCCAACCCCCCCAGCAGCCCCAGCAGCCCCAGCAGCCCCAGCCUUUUGUCCCAUCAGCUCCAUUGCUCGAAAAGACAGAGGCCACAAAACCACGUAUAAUCAAUGGCCAGUUGGUAUCUGGCCAAGAUAUUGACUGGUACUUUGAAAGAUACCUAGAAUGCUUCCACCCAUAUCUACCAAUUCUGAGGAAGAAAGACCCUGACCAAUGUUUUGAGACAUCCCCGACUCUCUUCUGGACUAUCAUAUUCAUUGCUUGCCGUCGAUACGCCAAAGAUCAGUUGCUCGUCACCGCCCUGCUCAAUUCUCUCAACCAGGACAUUUGGAAAUUGCUCCAAGCUGUAGUUUUGGAUCUCGAGUCUAUUCAUGCCCUCUUGAUCAUAUGUUCCUGGCCAUUUCCAACUAUCAGGUUCGUGACGGACCCGUCACCCACAUACAUAGGUAGCGCCCUUAAUGGGUGCAUGCUGCUGGGUCUGCAUACCGGUCGAGGAUCCCACCCCAGCUUCUUAAUCGGCGGGCGUCAGCAUAUGGCCUGUACGGACUACGAAGCAUCGAUAACAUGGAUCUUCUGCUGCAUUCUAGCUCAAAGAGUUUCCACGGCCAAUGGAUAUCCGCCGCCAUUCUUACAACACAACGAUACCAAAUGCAAGGAUAAUGUCAAAGACGCUCUUGCACCUGAAUUGAUGACUCUGUUUGAACUGCAGAAGUUCUCAAACCGUCUUCAUACAGCUAUGGCGGCGCAGAUUUCGUCAAAUAAUGGAGUAUCUGAUUCUGUUGUACGGACAUGGGAAGAUGAGCUUGAGCUCUUAAAACCAAUUGUUACUCAUGCCGAAACAGACUGCUCCCGAUUUAUCAUUCUCAUAGCUCAACUCGAAGUCCAGGCCUAUUACUUUGUCUCACCACCUGACCAACGACCUAACUUCAUUCACAAUGUCCUCCGUCUAUACAACACCUCACAGAACCUCAUCAACAUCGCCCAUACACUCGAAUCGACUUCUCAGCUCCUCACACACAACACGCAAUGGAUCUACCGCGCCCUCGUCGACGCCGGUUGCAUCCUCCUCUCCAUGCUGCACUCCAAUGCUUCCCCACAACACAUCUCAGAACCAGACGCCGAUGCCAUCGCGGAACAGGUUCUAUCUAUUCUACGGACUUGCUCAGUGCGCGAAAACGACCUCCCAAAGCGCGCAUCCAUCAUCCUUGAGACGUUUUGGUCAGUAAGAAGUGUGCUGCCAAAGUGGGAUAUCCCCGUUGGCGCAUACCCCGAUCGCUUAGGAGCCGCUACAUCGUACUGGUGUCUCACACGCUUCAAGCAUGCGUUGCAAGAGGCCAAGAAGAGUACUGACAGUGCACAAAGGGGUCUUGAUGUCUUUAUAUCAAGAACUCCGCUGGAAAACACUAAUAAUCAAAAUAGUGUCAGCAUUAAUGCAAAUGCAACUAACGUACAGGACGAGACCGUCGACAACGCCGUUGAUCCUUUCCAGGGAAUUGACUGGUCCAUGAUUCUUGAUGAUUUUGGAUGGAUUGGUGAAGGCCCUGUCUUUCUCGGACCAGCGUAA